CAAUGUCAACGUGAAGUGUCAGUGAUGUGUCAGACCAAAAAAUGGUAAAAUCAUGUGAAUAAUCUGAAAAAAAUAUAUUUUUAACGAAUUAGCAAAUAAACUUAUAUUUUUAAAAUUUUAAAUAAAGGAACAAGUAAAGGACAAAGUAAUAGUAGGUGAUUUCGAUUACUAUUCGUUUAUACUUCCUUGUAUUUUUAAUCUACAGUAUUGAGAUAUUAAUUAAUUACUAAGACAAAGGUGUUAAUAUAGAUUUGAUAAAAGGUUUUAUGAAUGAAAAAUGCCUUUCUAUUCUGGUCAUCGAUAUAAGCUAAUAGUCUUAUUGCUGAGUGUGUUAAUUGUAUGGCAAGUUGUUAGACUAUUGUCAGAAUAUCCUACCUCAAAGUUAUCUGAUUCUGACAUAGUAGAGUUAGAAGAUGAUCAAUACAACAAGCACAAACAGGAUAAAGUGAAAAUAAGAGUUUACUAUGAGGCUCUAUGUCCUGACUCAAAAUUUUUCUUCAUGAGGCAUUUAGCUCCAGUAACUGAGAAAUUGUCAGAUUUUAUAGAUGUCACUCUGGUCCCUUAUGGGAAAGCCACAACUAAGAUGAAGAAAGGACAGUAUUACUUCACAUGUCAGCAUGGAGAAGAGGAAUGUUAUGCAAACAAGAUCCAUGCUUGUUCUAUUGAGGCUCUAGGCAACAUGACUUCAGCAGUCAUGUUUACUGAAUGUAUGAUCUCAGACAACAUGAACCCUGAUGCGGCCUUAGCUAGGUGUGCAAAAAAAAUGAAAGUGGAUCCAGAACCAAUUGCUAAUUGUGCUACACAUGAACAUGGGACAGAUUUGUUGCGUAAACAUGGAGAAGACACACACACUGUCAAGCCAACAUUUAUUCCCACCAUAUUAUUGAACGGGUCCAAAGACAAACAGGCUGCCAUACUGAAACAGUUUCUCCUGGAAGUUUGUAAACUCAUUGACAUGCCUUUGCCACCGCCAUGUUUGUGACAAAGUAAAAAAGUCAGACAAAAUAUUCAUCAAAUAUUAUAAAUGGUAACUGAUAUUAAUAUCUUGGACAUAAUAUAUAAUAAAUAGCCUAUAUACGUCACAUUGCUGGGCGCAGGCCUUCCCUCAAUCAUGCAGAGGGUGUAUAGAGCAUACUUAACCAUGCUCCUAAAAUAAAAUAAAGUGAUUCCAAAAAUUGUAACAUUCGAGGCUCAAAUUUCCUAAAUUUUGCUCAGUAUUUAAUCUACUAAUACAUGUUAUAUUAUAUUUAUAACUUUUUAAAUUUCAUAUCCUUUUUUAUUUUAUUUAGGUAUUUAAUUUACUUGAAUUCAAUGAUUAAAAAGAUUUUAAUGACUAAUUAAAUUAAACUUAAUGCAUGAAUUUUAUUUUUUAUAUUUUAGAAAAUUUGAUAAUAAUUUUCUACUCCAACUAUUGAUUUUAGUCUUAAUUUCUUCAUAUAGUACACUGUAUUUGUACACAAACUUAUACAAUAUAACAUAACCAAAUUAGUUUUUGUAUGUAACAUGUGAUAGGUAAUAAUUUGCUUUGUUGCUAACAAAAAUUGAGAAAAAAGUAAUUUUUGAAUAAUUUAAUUUUCCUACUUAUACUAGGUGUGGUAUACAUUAUGUAGUUCCUGAUGGCUAAGCGAUUCUCUAAUAUACAGGGUGUUAGUGACAUCGUAACGAAAACUGAGAGGUGAUUGAGGCCAUGAUUCUAAGAUGAUAUCAAGUGGAAUUUUCCGUCGCAAAAGUAUGGAUUGGAAUAUAAUUAAAAAGAAAAGAAAAGUUUUCAUGAAUUUUUUGACACGAAAUUCCACUUGAUAUCAACUCAGAAUCAUGGUCUGAACCAUCCCCCUCAGUAUUCGUUACGGUGUCACUAACACCCAUACCUACUUAUAUGGCUACCGUAUGUACUUGUACGGGGUGUAAGUGUCAUCGUAACGAAUACUGAGAGGGAUGAUUCAUCUGAUUAUUCUGAGUUAAUAUCAAGUGGAAUUUUCCAUCACAAAAGUAUAGAAUUGAAAAUAAUUUAAAAAAACUAAAAAAAAAAACAUGAAUUUUGCGACGGAAAAUUCGACUUGAUUUUAACUCGGAAUCAUGGUCUGAAUCAACCCCCUCAGUAUUCGUUACGAUAUCACUAACACCCAGUAUAAUUUUGGAUCAAAGCUCAAACUAUGAAUUUUAUGUUAUUGAAAUGAAUUAAGUCUUAUUUUGUAAUUUUAUGUUUUGUUUCGACUGCAGGUUGUGUCAUUUACUUUGGUUGUGCCUUUUUUAUUAUAAUUUGCAGAUUUUAAUUCUAAUUAUUUUUUAUACUAGCUUCGAUGGCGCGUAUUUAAUCACAUUAUUGUAAAACUUAGUAUUGUAUGUUAGCCACCAAUGAGUUUCGUUUUAAUCAGCGAUACGCUGAUGAAAACGAUUCUAAUUUACAAAUACCUCAGUAGGUUGUUUGUAUUUCCAGUAAUAAUAUACCCACAAAUACCGCGAGCCAUCGAUUUAUAAUAUUGGUUAUGUUACUGUAGCCGCGAGGUAUUUCAAUGCCAUUUAAAUGUUGUCAAUUAUCUAUCAGCCAUCAUACCACGUAAUUGCGUUUUUCUGAAAUUCCAUCAUUGUUAUGACAAUUAUUAUUUAUGAUUGCAUUCCAUAGUUAGAUAUACUUUUCUUUGUAAUGAGAUGACGUACCACGAUAGUCGACGUGGAUAAUACAUACCUACUAAAUAAGGCAAUAUGCUGACUGAUACGAAAAUGUUGCCUUAAUAACAAACAGACUACAAUAUUAGGGUAUAUGCUGACAGGUUCAUGAAUGUCGUCGGUCGUCAAUGCCGGUUGCUGACUGCGGGCUACGCAGCCUACACAGAACUAUGGAACGGCAAUUGAGCUAUGCGAGCUAAUCUUAAACUAACUUAGCUCGCGGUCUGCAACCGGCUUAGUCGAUAAGACGGGUGCGUCAAAUUAAUCUUCGACGGCAACUCACGUGAUAUUUUUAACAUCUUAAUUGUAGUGCCAAUGAGCACUUUGUAAGCCCUAGACUUCAUUAAGUUUUAGAUUAUUUUUAUCGUUGGGACGGUUUGCCGUCGGCAACUGCACUAUGAAGACUCCGCUAAGUUUCUCAACUUCAAAGAAUUACCUAACAGUUCUAAGCAGAAAGAUGUUAAGGAAAUAUAAUUUUUAAACAUAUAUUUACCUAAGUAGGUAGAUUUUUACAGUCGACUGAUUGGAAUUGCAAAAAUGUAAACAAAAAAUGCUCAGUUUCUUCUUGCCUUUAUUUAUUGUACCUACCCUAUUUUUAAAAAAUAUUUUUUUAAGUUUGUAUCAAUAAGGUACUUUCCAGAGUAUGUUCCCCAAAAAUAUACAUGGCGUUGUACAAUAUUGCCUUCGUAUAACUAUCCAAUUUAAUGAUUAAUAGUCAUACGCAUUUUUUAUCUUUUGUUUUUGGGCAUAAAUAAUAACCCUAGUUAUUACACCCAGCUACAACUAGUACUUUCACCCAUUAUUAUUCUGAUCGAAAUAAAGAGAAGCAAUAUAGUAGCAUCAUAAUUCUAUACAUAUAAAGCAACAAUCAUUUUUAUAAUAUGCCUUGUGCCUUUGCCAUUACAUUAUAAUUUUGUAUAAUUAUGUACCCGAGAAAAUAGACAGAAAGCAUGUUAAUUAUCACGUUAAAUCUAAACACGCCCCAUCUGCAUAUUUUUUGGAACUUAAUCUGGAUAGUCCCUCAUUUACCUGAUUAAGAAGCUGUGUACAGAAAUGGAAGUAUUUAUGAAAUAAAUAAUAUUGUAUGAAAA